GGCGUGGCUGCGGUGGCAGCCGCGUGACGGUCGGGCGGAAACGGCCCGGCUGCCGCCGCCGCCGUCGGCCAGCUCCGCCGGGCGAUGCAGCGGUGGGAAGGGAGGCCCUGGCUGUAGCGCGCCAAGCGGGAGCUCAAAGCGUCCUGAGGAGCUCAUACUGGAAGCAUGUGCUGCUGCUGGAGAAAGCUAAUUCUUGAAAAGGAUGAGAUCUGCUACACGCACUGAUGUAGCCCUGAAAGUAAAACGGUAGUUUGUGAAAGGCAACUAAAACUCUUCAGGAGUCUCUAUUCCAGAGCAUGGUUUAAAAACAAUGUCCUUGUCCCGUGUUGAAAAUCCUUGUUUUCUGCUCUUCCUGCUUGUCUUCCAAGCGAUAUUUAUCCUGAUACUGUACCAAGGUGGACCUUCAAAUGUGUUUCAUGGGUUUUUAGAUUCACAUCAGAUUCAGGAUUACUCAAAAACUCAUGAUGUGUACACAAAUCUCAGCUUUUUUACUCACGCUCCUAAUGAAGACACUAUGCCAUACUGCUCAGUGCAGUCACCAAUAUUUGUUGGUCCAUUAACCAUCACCUUCAGGGUGCUCCCCAGUGAGAGGAUGAUCAUCCAAAAAAAUCCUCUUGUUCAGUCUGGUGGCCACUACAGACCUCCUCACUGCUUGGCCCGCUACAAGUCAGCCAUCCUUGUAGCAUAUAGGAACCAGGAGCAGUACCUUCGGCAUCUUCUUUACUAUCUUCAUCCUUUUUUACAGCGCCAGCAGCUCAGUUACAGCAUCUACUUGAUACAGCAGGUGGGAAACGGUACAUUUAACCGAGCAAAGCUGCUUAAUGUUGGUGUCCGGGAAGCCCUGAAGGAUGAAGACUGGGACUGCCUUCUCCUGCAUGAUGUGAACCUAAUACCUGAAAAUGAUUAUAAUCUCUACGUCUGUGAUGAAUACUAUCCCAAACAUAUGGCUAGUGCCAUGGAUAAGUUUCAAUACAAUCUGCCAUAUAAGUCCUUUUUUGGGGGUGUAUCUGCUUUGACUCCAGAGCAUUACAUGAAGAUGAAUGGGUUUCCAAACACAUACUGGGGCGAUGAUGGUGAAAAUGAUGACAUUGCUACAAGGAUUCAGUUGGCAGGAAUGAAAAUAGUCCGGACACCACCUCAUAUUGGACGCUACAAAGUAAUGGACUCCAAGAAAGAAACAGAGAUCAGAGAGUCUUGGAGAAGGCCUGCUUCCCGGCAUAACACCAGAAAAACAUGGAAGGAUGAUGGAAUGAACUCAUUAGAGUUCAAGCUCCUUUUUAGGAAGAAACACCCUCUUUAUACCAACAUCACUGUGGACAUCGGCUAUGUUCCCCCAUUUUCUUAAGGGAACGAAAAGAAAAUUUGAGUUUGAGCUUACUGUGGCAGCACAUGGGCAUUGAGUCUCUACCUCCUGUGGUACAGCACAUGCUCCACCUGAGAUUAGUCCUUUUGUCUCCUGCACUUCACAUCUCUUCUGAGCAUACAAGACUUAGAAGAAAAGACUUCAGGCAUAGGGUAACGAUAGCUAAUGAAUAGGACAUGGCUUACUGUAUAAAGACUCUCUCAAAGUUCUGUAAACCAAUACCUACUGAGCCAGUUGCACCCCAGGUCUUGACAAUUAAGAUCUUCUUGACAGCAAGGUGAUGUAAGUUUUCUAGUACCCUGUGUUCCAUAGCAGGAUAGCUCUAUCCUGCUUCCUUAAAUUGUAAAUGAGAUGCAAGCUGUGCCAUCAGACACUUCUAUCCUGGUGGGGGCAACAGCUCCUCUGAAAUACUGUAUUCUGAAAAAGAAUUCACUGACUCUGUUACAGUAUUGAAACCUGUUGCAUUUCCUGUAAAUAUUUUUGUGAAUUUUGAGUAAAAUAAAUUGAGAGUGCUGUUUGGUUUGA